AACAAAUACAGACUCCUACAAGCUUCAUUGAUCAUCCAUGAAUGACACAAAUUGAAAAGAAAUGAUGCACAAUCAUUCAAGCAAUCUGUCUGUGAAAUGGCUGCAGACACUAUGUCAAAAAAGAGAAAAGGUUUCAUUUCCUGUGAGGUUUACGUUUUAAAUGGUAAUGACAGGAAGUCAUUUUAGUUUUGCAGUGUCUUCGUUCACUGACGGAGAACAGCUUUGCUUUACUCUUGACUGCGGCUGCAAAUGGAAAUGUUUAAAAUACUCCUUUUGACAGUGGCAGUCAUUGCACCAGUCACAUCUCAAAAUGCGACUGAUGAACCUAUAAUUACGAUUCCUCAGCCUGAAAUAAUCCCAAAUCCAGCUCAUAAAGUGUUGUACAGCACAGAACAAGUGAGUCUACAAUGUAGCGUCAGUGAAUCAAUACCUGAUUUACAGUAUGAAUGGUUCAAGGACUCAUCUCCUCUAAACCCUACAAAUGAUAAAUCCACCAUUUCUGUAAAUGCCGGUGGAACAUAUGAAUGCAGGGCGAAGAAGGGAUCUUCCGUGUCCGACAACAGCAAUCCGUACAGUUUAACUUUACAAGCAAUCCCAACACCAAAACUAACCUUGGAACCAAAACUGACAGAAAUCUACCCAUCUGAAAAAGUCACUCUGAGCUGUGAGAUUCAGGGCAGCUCGGAUACCUGGAGUUACAGAUGGUUUAAAAAUAAUGAAGCUCUAGGAGAAUCUAAAUCUUUAAUAGAGAUCAAGUCAGCAACAAUGGAUAGUUCUGGAGAUUAUACCUGUGAGGGAUUUCUUACCAGCAGAGUGACCACUGAAAAGUCUACUGCUCUUACACUUAAAGUUAAAGAGAUCCCUACCCCAAAGCUGACUGCGAAUCCAACCUGGACAGAGUUUUUCCCAAAUGAAAAAAUCACCAUGCAGUGUGGAUUUGGAAGCAGUACUGACGGCUGGUCCUUUGAAUGGACCAAAAAUGGCACACAAAUUAACACAAACCCAACCCCAACUCUAACCAUCACAGCAACGAAUUCAUCUGACUCUGGACAAUAUGCAUGUAAAGGAAAACUUAAUGGCAGAUCUGUUGUUACCCAACAGAGUGAUGUAUUUCAACUAAACGUAAAAGAGAUUCCUACCCCCAAGCUGACUGCGGAUCCAACCUGGACAGAGUUUUUCCCAAAUGAGCAAAUCACCAUGCAGUGUGGAUUCGGAAGCAGUACUGACGGCUGGUCCUUUGAAUGGACCAAAAAUGGCACACAAAUUAACACAAACCCAACUCUAACCAUCACAGCUAUAAGUUCAUCUAACUCUGGACAAUAUGCAUGUAAAGGAAAACUUAAUGGCAGAUCGGUUAUUACCCAACAGAGUAAUGUAUUUCAACUAAAUGUGAAAGAUAUUCCUGUUCCAAAGCUGACUGCGAAUCCAACCUGGACAGAGUUUUUUCCAAAUGAGCAAAUCACCAUGCAGUGUGGAUUCGGAAGCAGUACUGAUGGCUGGUCCUUUGAAUGGACCAAAAAUGGCACACAAAUUAACACAAACCCAACCCCAACUCUAACCAUCACAGCAACGAGUUCAUCUGACUCUGGACAAUAUGCAUGUAAAGGAAAACUUAAUGGCAGAUCAGUUACUACCCAACAGAGUAAUUUAUUUCAACUAAACGUAAGAGAGACUCCAAUCCCAAAGCUGACUCCAGAUUCAGCCUGGACAGAGUUUUUCCCAAACGAACAAAUCACCAUGCAGUGUGGAUUUGGAAGCAGUUCUGACGGCUGGUCCUUUGAAUGGACCAAAAAAGGCGAAACAAUUAAAACAAACCCUACUUUAACCAUCACAGCAAAGAAUUCAUCUGACUCUGGACAAUAUGCAUGUAAAGGAAAACUUAAUGGCAGAUUGGUUAUAACCCAACAGAGUAAUGUAUUUCAACUAAAUGUAAAAGAUCUCUUGCCUAAUCCGCGUUUAACCCAGACCCCAGAUUUUCAAGUGAUUUACACAGGAGAAAAACUAACAUUUAAUUGUACAUUUGAGGUGCAGUCAUCAGGCUGGGAAUAUCUGUUCUUUAGAGAUUCAAAGCAGAUUAACACUGACACCAGUGCAAACAGUUUUUCUGUCACAUCAGCAAAAGUGCAAGACGGUGGAAAAUACUGCUGUCAAACCAAACGAAGAACUUUCACCUCUGACCGAAGUGAUGAACGCACAGUAAUUGUCAAAGACCCUCCUAGUGUUAAUGUCGUGUCAGACUGGACAGAUGCUUUCCCUGGUGAAACAGUGACUUUGCAGUGUGUGAUUCAAGAUAUAUCAGAAAACUGGACUUAUAAUUGGUACAAGAAUGGAAACAUUGUCUCUAGUGUUCCUGACACACAGAUAAAUGGAAACACACUGUCAAUCUCUGUUAAACCCGACCAAAGUGGGACAUACAAGUAUGCUUGUUAUGCUGAGCUGGAGGGCAGGUCAGUGAUGACUGGGAAAAGCUUACAUUUGUUAAAAGUUUAUGGAUCCAAGCCAACAAUCAGUUUGGACCAAGAUCCAAAAUACCCAGAGAUCUACACCGGGGAACAGGUCAGACUUACCUGUAGCAUUAAAGAGCAGACAUCUCCUCAGUGGACAUACCAGUGGAAAAAAGAUAAUACUGUACCGGACAACAGUGGCAGUCAGACUUACACUAUCUCAAGUGCUACAAUGCUUCACAAAGGGUCCUACACGUGUCAUAUAAGCAGGAAUGGGGUCACAUUUUCAUCUGAGCCAAAAAAACUGACCAUAAUCGAGCCACCUCAACCAACACUGUCCAAAGAGCCUCAAUGGGAAUUAUUUUACCCAACUGAAAAGGUGACUCUGACGUGUUUAAUCGAUGAAAAACCAGAUGAUUGGAAUUAUGAAUGGUACAGAAACGGAAAUAAGCUCUCCAAAGACAAUGACAUCUCCUUAUCUGGAAAAACACUUACAAUAAACUCAGCAAAAUCAAGUCACACGGGAAACUAUACAUGCCAAGCAAAACAUAAACAGAGAUUGCCAGUCACUACAAAAGAAACAGAGGCUCUACAUCUUAACAUUUUAGGUUCCACGCCUGAACCAACCAUACGACCAGAGCCAUCAUUUGAGUUUUUCUACACUGAUGAGCAAGUCCAGCUUACUUGUAGCAUGCCAGGUCCUGCUUGGGAAUAUCAUUGGUACAAAGAUUCAAAGCCAACAAAAACUUCUGCAAAUGAAAAUUAUAUUAUUAAUUCAGCAUCAGUCCAUGACACUGGUGAAUAUCACUGCAAAGCAAAGAGACGUGCGUUCUCAAUCCAAAGUCAGGGACAAAAAGUGCAAGUUAAAGCUCUUUCAGAUACUUCCCUAAACCUGGUCACUGAAUUGAGUGACAUCAUCGCUGGAAAUAUCCUGACACUGAAUUGUGAGGUUUUAGAUGAUAAAACAUGGAACUACACCUGGUUUGAGAACAAUCAGGAGCUGAAUGAAACUUCAAGUACAUUAAAGGUCAAAUCAACCGAAGAAACUAUUAAAAAUGAAUUUAAAUGCAGAGGGAAAAGGACAGAACGACCACUGUACUCCCAUUGGAGUGAGGGUUUCAUGGCAAAUAAUAUUUUGUUCAAAAGAAAAAUACUGCUGGCCAUUUCAGGCUGUUUUGUCUGCUGUAUUGUUAUCUUGAUCAUUGGAUGCAUCGUACUGAAGGUCACUCGUAAACCAGAGAAGAAAGAGCCAGUUCGUGAUAACUUGUUUAUCUCACUAGCAGAUUCCAAGAACCAAGCUACUUCGCCCUUGAUGGAGUACAUUGACAGUAAACCAUUAGAAAAAGAAUCAGAAGAAAAAGAAGAACUGCAGCUGGAUAGUAUUUCAGUCACUCAUGUUGAUGGUGUGAUAAAGGGUGAAGAUUCACCAUCAGCAGAAACUAAUGGCCUAACAUCUUUUAAAGCAAGCUAAAGCAUUUCGUCAACGAUCAACAUCAAGAUGAAGUUUUUCUCUUUUUUAGUAAGGCAGCUAUAGUAGCACGUGCAUUUUUAAUAAGACUGAUAUUUGUAUUAUAGCAAAGCACUUUGUCUAAGAGCAAUUGCACUACAAGUGCUGAAAAAUGCUUAUGUUUCAGACAUUUUAAUAUUAACUGCAGUGUUAAACUGUAAAUAUGUGAGAUUAGGAACAGUAUGCUGGCGGUGAUUGUACAGUAAAGAUGAAUAAUGGACUUGUGUUAUGCUAAGCAGUAAACAUCUACUGUAGUCUAGAAUGAUUGUAAUACAUCCACCGGAUUGUAAUUUAUUUCGAAAUUAAGCAAAAGCUUUUAAAUGUUUUUGCUGUUUUAAGUGCUAUUUAACCACUUCUGAAUGUUAAAUUUGUAAAAUAAAAGUUCACUUAAUCCAUUAUAUAAAA